CAAAUCUACGCCGUCGAUUUAGUUAUUUCUCCUCUCCGCAGCAAUAAAUCCACUCUCAAAACCCUACUAGAGAUCGAACUAGUUUCAUCAGGAUUCCUCCUCCGAUUCCUCGUUCAUGAUGAUGAGAGAAUUGGGGAUUUUUCGCCGGUGUGCGAACUCUGGGAAAGCUUCUAUCGCUGAAAACAGGGAUGAAAAUCUCCCCGCUAAUUCGAUGGCCUCGCAGUUGGAAUCUGAUCCUUCUCGACCUCCUCUGCAAACGAUCCAGGAAAUAGUGCAGAACCCUAAAUCUGGGUUAGAUCAAAGCGCGAUUUUGAGGAGGAAACCGGAUAGGAACCUGUCGGAGAACCAGACAGAGAAGAUGGAAGCUGGGUACAGGUCAGGUUGUGUAUCGAAGACUAGCCCUACGACGAAUGGUGACAACUGGAGCUACCGUGUUUCAAACACUCUGCUUCCGCCUCUCAGUCAUGAAGGAGACUUAGGCAUUGGAGAUGUGAAUGGAUUGAGGACUCCUCGUCCAUAUAGGACCGCCGGGAAAGCAUCAUUGGUACGUUCAGACUUCAGUUCCACUAGGAGCACUCCGGGAAAGAGUGUUAUGAAGCUGGCUAACUCUGGUAUAAGCAACACCCGUCCUCCCAUUAGUGUCGGGACACGAAGGAUGAGCUUUGGCAUAUCGUCCAGAGGCACUCCAGUAUCAUCCGCUCUUCCUAGUGUUGUGAAUUCAGAUGAAGUUCCUCACUUUGAACUCAAAGAGAAUACAUCAUUCUGGAUGGACAAUAAUGUUCAGGUAAUCAUUCGUGUGCGUCCUCUCAAUAACAUGGAAAAGAGCCUUCAAGGUUUCUACAGAUGCUUGAAGCAAGAGAGUGCACAUAAUAUAACUUGGAUUGGACAACCAGGGAACCGUUUUACAUUUGAUCACAUUGCGUGUGAAACAGUCAACCAGGAGAUGCUCUUUCGAGUAGCUGGUUUGCCAAUGGUUGAGAACUGCAUCUCUGGAUAUAAUAGUUGUGUGUUCGCAUAUGGGCAGACAGGAAGUGGGAAGACAUACACAAUGCUUGGUGAGGCUGAAGAGCUAGAACUUGAGCAUGGUGCGAACCUUGGAAUGAUACCAAGAAUUUUUGAAUUUUUGUUUUCAAGAGUCAAAGCCGAGGAAGAAAGCAGGAAGGAUGAAAAACUUAAGUAUACCUGCAAAUGUUCAUUCCUCGAGAUAUACAAUGAGCAAAUUAUUGAUCUACUUGGCCCUUCAUCUGCCAGUCUACAUUUGAGAGAAGACAUUAGGAAGGGCAUCUAUGUUGAAAAUCUCACCGAAUAUGUGGUUGAGAAUGCCAACGAUGUUCUUAAGCUUCUUAUACAGGGCGCUUCCAAUAGGAAAAUGGCAUCUACAAACAUGAACCAUGAAAGCAGCCGCUCACAUACUGUUUGUACUUGUAUAAUUGAGAGUAGAUGGGACAAAGAUUUAAUAGUAAACACCCGAAGUGCAAGACUAAACCUUGUUGAUCUAGCUGGCUCAGAAAGGCAGAAAACUUCAGGUGCUGAAGGUGAACGCCUAAAAGAAGCUGCAAGUAUCAAUAAAUCAUUGUCAACGCUUGGUCAUGUGAUAAUGGUUCUUGCCGAUGUGGCUCAAGGGAAGCAAAGACAUGUUCCUUAUAGGGAUUCAAGGCUCACGUUUCUUCUCCAAGAUUCACUUGGCGGCAACUCCAAAACUAUGAUUAUUGCAAAUGUCAGCCCUUCAAUAUGCUCUGCUAAUGAGACUCUAAGUACCCUUAGAUUUGCUCAGCGUGCAAGGCUCAUUCAGAAUAAUGCUGUUGUAAAUGGAGAUGCUUCAGAAGAUGUUGGUGCCUUACGCCGUCAAAUACAUCUACUGAAGGAGGAACUUGCAGUUCUUAAGCGUGAAAAUGUGUCCAGAUCUCUGUCAUUUCGCAGAUCCAUUUUUGAAGAUUCAAAGAAUGAAAUUUUGGAUGUUUCUACUGCGAAGAAGUUACCACAAAUGGUUGAAGCACAUGGUAAAGAGUUGCAGGCUGGUCAAGAUUUCAACAGUGCAACAAUUUCAUUGAAGCAGUUGCAAUCACUUGAAGCAUUAUUAGCUGGCUCACUACGAAGAGAAAAUAUAGCAGAUACUAGAAGAAAGGAACUUGAAGCAGAAAUUGAGCAGUUGAAUUACCUAGUUCAUCAAAAAGAUGAAGAUACUCAGAGCAUUAAACAAAUCCUUAAACUGCAGCACGACAAGGUUUGCCAAAUGGAAAGCCUUCUGGAAGGUCAGGUGGGAAUUGACUCGUACUUGCUGGAUGAAAAACGAUCCCUUUCUGAAGAGGUACAGUUGCUUCAUGCAAGAGUUGAGGAGAAUCCUGAAUUGGCAAACCUUGCAUUGGAAAACAAAAGGCUACUGGAUCAAUUGAGAAGGUUUCAGGAUUUCUAUGAAGCUGGGGAGAGAGACCAUUUAAUAGCCGAAGUGUCUGAAUUGUGCAACAAGCUUAUGCAAGUGUUUGAUGGAAAGCUCGAUCAGCACCUAAUGUCAGACAUGGAAAACCAGGAAAAACCAUCUCAGCUAUCACACGCAGAUACACAGGUCUAUGGACAAAUAACACUUCAGCAGGAAGAAACCCUGAAUUUACACUUGGAGAUAGAUAUACUUAAAACCAUCCUUGCAGAGGAGAGAGCUAAUCAUGCAGAUAAUGAGCUUAAAUCUGCAAAUGCAACUGUGUUAUUGUUGAGAAAAGGGCAUGAAGAUAUAAAAGAUGAGCUGAAAGAUUCGAGAUCCAUCAUCGAAUUGCAUGAAUCAGAACAUUUAUUAUUAAUAAAAGAGAUGGAAGAAGUAAGAGCAAAGUGCAAUCAACAAGUGGUACUUUUAAAGGAAAAGGAGAAGGAAAUAUCUCUAUUGAGAAACCAAUGUAUUCUUCAUUCCAAUGAGGAGAUGGAAAACAUAGUUUUUGGACAUUAUAACAAUGAGAACUCUCCUAUACAAAAAUUGAGAAAACUUCAUGCUUCCUUAGAAAAGGCUAGAGAUCUGAACAGGAAGUGCAAAGAUGAUUUGGCACCUCAGAGAUUUCUUGAACUAGAAGAAGUUCUUGGGCAGCUCGAGAUUCAGACUACUGAGGUAAUUGCAUCCUUGCCAGAGGAACUCUGUUCACUUCAAAAGCAGGUGGCCAACAAUGAAAAAUAUGAGUCAUUAGUGAAGCAACAAAGCUUCACUGAUUUGGAAAAUGAAAUGAAAGCUCUCCAAACAAGGCUUUCCUUGGUGACUCAGGAGAAAGAAAAUCUUGGACGACUAGUUGACAACAAAGAUGAGAAAAUAAGGUCAUUAACUGAAGAUUGGGAAAGAUUAGCAUAUGAGAUUGCUGAUAUACUCUAUGAUGGAACUACAUCUCUUGAAGAAGCUACUGAUCAGCUUGAUUCUAUCACUGAAUCAAUUCCACAAAGCAGUUGGGUAGGUGAACAGGUUGAGAGGAUGAUUAGGGGCAUAUCAGAAAGAGAUUUGAUUAUUGAGGAACUGCAUAAGUGCUUGGAGGAGGCACAAAGUUUUAGAUAUGAUAUGGAAUGGAAGUUGAGAUCUUUAAGGGGAGCGACACUUGCGAUAUCUGAAGCACAGCAACAGGAAAGUUGUGAUAAAGAACGAGAGAUUUAUCGGUUGACCUCCGAGAUAGCAGACAAGGUGUCUAUUAUAAACAAAUUAGAGAAGAAAAUUAAAGUCCAUGAAGAACAAAUAAAGAAAGCCGAGUUGUGUGCAACUGUUGCAUUGAUCACAGUGAACAAGUUUUCAGAGACAAAUGAAGCUUAUCUUACAGAAAUUGAACAUUUGAAGUUCCUUUUAGAUGAGUGCAAACGAGUGAUAUUGGAAAAGGAUGCCCUCCUACACCAUCAAACUUCUUUACAUGAUGCAGAGAAGGAAAGCCAAGAUAUUAAUCCACACUUGAUACAGUCUCAGAAGCACUUAACUCAACCAUAAAAGCUGUCUCAUGACCUGGAAAGAGCUUGAGAAAUUGAACAAAAGAAUUGUAAAGAGGAAAGAGCAUGGACAUUGUAAUUUUUAUACAAGGCAAGAGCUUAUUUCUGUAGCUGAUGGAUGGCAUACACUAUUUUUCAGGGAUAAGUUACUGAUGAACUGCAGGUUCCUGAACUGAGAUCAAGGAUAAGUGUACGAAUUCCUCAGCUCUAGAUAAGCACUAUUGUUUCAACAAAGGAUCACAUCAUCAGCAGAAUGAAAAGUGAAGUCUGAAGAGAUGAAACUACUCUACGAGCAUUCUAAAUUCUGAGUUCGAGUCAAAGACAAAUGAUAACUACCUGUCUUGAAGAACAAGUAUGGUUUUAACUACGUGUUAAAAUUAUUUGGCAACAUGAUCUCUAAACUGUUGUUUAGAUUACCCAGCAGCCACCCUUUUUAUACAUGGUUGAAAAUAGGCUGCAGAAUAAGUCCUUACAGCAUAAGGCAACUAAUGGCUCUAGCUAUGAUGGUCGUAAUAUUAAAAUGAUGCCCAUGGAUAGUCUUUCCUCUU